AUGGAAUCUCUCAACGACGCGACAAGGAGAGUACCAGUCCCUAAAGAAAGCCCAGACAGAGCGGAAAGAUCCCCACGCCGCAGUGAGAAGGGUACUCCACGGACGGGCUUCUUCAAUCGCCGCGUACGAUUGACGAGCGAUUCAUCGGUGUCGGUGCCACUGCCCCUGGUCCUUCUCUUCCCAUGUCUUGUAGUCAUUGUGAUCCUGCUGCUCUUCGCACGAUCGCCAGGCUCGGAUGACCUCAUGAAGAUGCCCGCCGGUGCGCCUCCUUUCAUACGGAAAAUCAGCGAGAAGUAUGACAAGCCCUUCGCUGUAGGCUGUCUCGAGCCCCGAGUCAACGCACCUCGAGCGAACGCCGCCUUCGUAGUCCUGGCGAGGAAUCAAGAAUUGGAAGGUGUAAUACAAUCGGUCAAGUCGAUUGAGAGACACUUCAAUCGGUGGUACCACUACCCAUACGUCUUCCUGAACGACGGAGUCUUCAACGAGACGUUCAUAGAGACAGUGUUGAAUUACACAAGCGCACCUGUCCAGUGGGGCCAGAUACCGGCAAGCGACUGGGGAUUCCCAGAAUGGGUGGACCCAGCCGUCGCGAAGGAGGGCAUCGCAAAGCAGGGCGACGAUGCCAUCAUCAAAUUCUACCAUCACGAGCUUCUGCGCAAGUACGACUGGUACUGGCGUCUCGAGCCUGACAUCAAAUAUUUCUGCGACAUCACUUACGACCCGUUUGUUCACAUGGAGCGGCACAACAAGACGUAUGGCUUCACUAUUGCGGUCAAGGAGCUGCGGGAGACUGUGCCAAAUAUAUGGCGAUAUGCCUCUGCUUACAGGCGGGUAAAUAAUAUCACCUCGCAGGGUUUAUGGGAGAUGUUCGUCGAGAAGCCCAAGUUCGAAGAGGAAGAGGAAGUUCCCAAGACGAGUCGCAAGUCAAAGAAGCCCGAACCUCAGCAGAUCCUGGACUCAGAGCCGAGCAUGGGCGACCUACCGAAGAUCGAUCCGGAGAAUAUGGAAGGCGAAUCAUACAACAUGUGUCACUUCUGGAGUAAUUUCGAGAUUGCGAGGCUCGACUGGUUCAGGAGCAAGGAAUACAACGACUUCUUUGAGAUGAUGGAUCGCAGCGGUGGGUUCUGGAUGGAACGAUGGGGAGACGCUCCGAUUCACUCCCUUGCUGCCGGUGCGCUCCUUGGCCCUAGUGACAUUCACUACUUCCGCGAUAUUGGUUAUCGACAUACGACGAUUCAGCAUUGUCCGGCCAACGCCCCUGGACGUCAACUGGGCAGAGAUCCUUACCUGGAGACGACAACUGUUGACGAAAGAGAGCGACUCGAAGAAGACAAGUACUGGGCUGCGUACGAUCCGGUCAAAGAGAAUGGCGUUGGAUGUCGCUGCAAGUGCGAUACCGAUAUUGGUGACAUCGAAGGCAAGGAAGGGUCUUGUCUUGCAGAAUGGGUAGAGGUGGCUGGUGGCUGGGCGUCGCCUGGUCCGCAGAGAGUUUGA